UGUAUCUUAGUUUAAUUUGAAUAUGAUACAGAGUUUACAGAAAUUGAGUGGCAGCGUUAAAACUUUCCAUAUAAUUUUAUUCAAGGCUCGACAGAGCGCAGCCUUGAGAAUUGAUACAACAACAAGAAACUUAUCUCUGUUAUUGCAUCGCGCAGUUCCUUGCAUAUUCAUGACAAUCUGAAUGUCUCGCGUGAGAAUGACUCGCGCCGGAAUACAUUUUGCGCCAGACGAAUGCGGUUACCCACGGGCUUUAAGCGCUCGCGGAUUUUUCGAGUGAUCUGUGAGAAGCCUGCGGUUUGAAUCGUGUCCAACUAGUGCAACAAGUGUCUCGACUACACCGUCAUUAAGAUUGAAUGGCAAUCUCGGCUUUAAAUCGCGCGCAGCGGAGUUACACGCAGAAUUACAAAGGAUCCACCAUCCAUGGUUCCUUCGUCUUUCUUCCUCGAUCUACAUACUUGACAAUAUCAAUUAACAGUCACGAAGUGGAUACAAGACUGGACAGAUUGGACAGUCUUGACUUGAGUUCCGGCGAAGGCGCAGCCGGUGAACCCUAACCGAGACCGCGGGCACGGGUGCGUGACUGCAAGGAUGCGCGCACGCAGGAGACGGUGCGUGAUGUCCCGGUGACAACGACGACGGCGAUCACGACCACGACCACGCACGCACGCGAGCUCACACACGUGUACACGCGCGAGAGAGAAAAGAGAGAAGAAGAGAAAGAGAGAGAGAGAGAGAGAAAUAGAGAGCCAGAGACAGCUGCCGAUGCCGCAAUGAGGCUGGGCCCGAUUAUCCUGUCGUGGGCCACGGCCACGGCUGGCUGGCUGGGCCCGUCGAGCGGAAUCACGGUGACGGCGACGGCGAUGGCGCGGACCUCGCGCUCUCGGGACUACGAGCUCUCGACCGAGUUCUUCCUGGUGCCGUCCGAGAUCGGGCACGGCCUGGCGAGCGUGGCGAGCGUCAUCAGCGUGCCGGCACCGAAUCGGACGAUCACCGUUUUCAGGACGCCGCCGGGCGUCAGGAAGAGCCAGGAGGUGGAGAUGCGACCGACUCCGAAGUCCUUGCUGAAGCAACGGCCCUGGGCACUGCCGCUCGCCGCGCUCAGUGCCGCGGCGAUGCUCCUUAUGGCCGGCUUUGAGGUCUUCGUGUUAUUCAAGGCUAGAGCAACGGCACCGAACAGACGACACUUGUUUCUGGGUCAGGCGUUGCUCUUGGGCCUCUUCCUCCUGGCGGGUCUCUCGGCCGCGGCCUCUCUCAGCCAAAAUCCGCUGUCCUGCGCCGCUUUCCGGUUGGUGGGUCUCCCCGCCGCCCUCGUAUUCGCCGCUCUGCUGGUCAAAUGCGUUUUCCUGCUCUCGUUGAACAGCGGGGUGUACCUGCCGGCGCCCUAUCAGGCGCUGGUGCUGGUGUUCGCGGUGUUGGUGCAGGUGGCCAUUGUCGGGCAAUGGUUUUACGGCGAACCACCUGCGGUGAUCCAGGUGCAGCAGCAGCAGCAGCAGCAGCAGCAGCAGCAAGCGACGGGCCAAAGCUCGCCAACGUCCAUCACCUCCUGCAGGACUCCUCUCGGACAGAUAGUGGCUUCCCUCGGGUAUCCCGGAGCGUUAUUAGUGGCAGUGGCGUGUUUAGCGGUCCGUGCGCGGGGCGUUCGGGACAAUAAUCGGGAGGCGGCCUUCAUCGGCCUGGCGGUCGGCCUCUCGUUGCCGAUUUGGAUCUCAAGCGGGAUCGGCACCCUCGCGGCCGGCAGCGACGGCGAUCGAGAGGCCUGGCUGGCUUACGGCCUGCUCGCCACGUCGCUCUUCGUCUUCCUCACGAUGUUCCUGCCGAAGGGACGUCAGCUAGCUGCCCUGGGUCGCGAAGGGCCCGCCGCGGUCAUUCGCGAUCGCGACGACGGCCUCAGCUCCCUCCCCGGCAGCGGUUACUCGCCCUCCUUCUUUCACUUCAAGCCCGCGGAGGCGUCCCUGAAGAGGAAGAUGCAUUACCACAGUGCCGAUCGAGUCGCACUGGUCUCGUCCGGGAUACCCGGAUGCAGCGCCUGCAGGCACGGAGGAAGUCCCAUAUACUCGGACGAUGUACACGGACCGAUGGAGACGUUCGUUCUGCCACCCGGUAUGUACUUGAGGCCGGAGGACGCCGGGAAUCUCUACACGACCUUGUCGGCCAAUCCCAACGUGUUCUUCCAAAGGGCUGCCCAUCCCGGAAUGAUGUACUGA